AUGACUAUUUCCAAGAUACUGGCAUUCGUGCAAGGUAACGAGACAAGAAUGAAUGAAGAAGAAGCCCUACAGAAGCAAAAAGAUAGGGAGUUUAGUAAGAGGGCUAAGUCUGCUGGUAAUUUCAGUCAUGGGGGAUCUCAAGGCUCACAUUCACAGGCCAGCGUGACUAACCGUGGUUUUCAACACCCUACAUGCAACACUUGUGGCAAGAAUAAUUCAGGAGUAUGCCGUUUGGGCAUGGAUGGUUGUUUUGGGUGUGGUCAGCCGGGUCAUUUUCUGCGGGAUUGUCCGUCCGCAAGACGGAAUACCGGGGGUAACAAUAAUGUAGCUCAGUCCACAAAUUCAGCAGCUCCCCAAAAUUUCCAAGCCCAGCAGGGGUGCGGAGCAGCAAAGCCCGGUAAUACGGGCGGUGGUCAGAAUCGUCUGUAUGCACUGUCAGGUCGCCAGGAUACAGAGGCUCAUGGAGAUGUUGUCACAGUGAUAAUGGAUAUUGGGACAGCAUGA